UCGAAUCAAGGCGACGGUUGUGCACGAGGCGACGUCAGCGCCGGCCGCGCGUGCCCGGCCCGUGACGCGCUUUCCGGUGGGCUGUCCCAGUGCCGCAGUGGAGCAGCCCGAGCGGUGGCUGUGUUUCUGUGUGUGUGUGAGAGAGAGGGUUUCAAAUAGUGGUACUUAUACAGCAAUGCACACCGGGCACUGACACAUUCAGCAUGGCCGAGAAGGGGAGACUCAGCUUUACCGGCUCGUCCGGUCUCAACAAGCCCGUCCCGAUGAACCUCUUCGCCACCUGGGAGAUAGAUGGCUCAUCGCCCAGCUGCAUACCCAGAUUGUGUAGCUUAACAUUGAAGAAACUGGUUGUCGUAAAGGAGUUGGACAAGGAACUCACUUCAGUCGUUAUUGCCGUUAAGAUGCAGGGCUCAAAAAGAAUUUUACGAUCGCAUGAGAUUAUAUUGCCACCUAGUGGUCUUGUGGAAACUGACCUUGCAUUAACUUUUUCACUUCAGGUAGAUGCACCCGAAAAGCUCAAGAGCUCUGCAAGCAAGUUUCAGAUGGAUAGCAUUUCCAAUACACUGUUAGUUGAUCAAAUACAGCAGGAAGAGGCAGCGGCAGCAUCUGAAAGCAUCAGUGCAGACACCUUUCUAGAAAAGCUCCCUCCCAGUGGAAAAAUCACAAAGACAGAGUCUUUAAUUAUUCCUUCUACAAGGACGGAAGGGAAACAGGUGGGACGCCGUGGAAGAAGCACAUCCCUGAAAGAAAGGCAGCCGGCAAGGCAGCAGAAUGAACGGGCUAACAGCUUGGAUAAUGAACGUUCACCGGAGCCAAGGCCGCAUCUGCAGAUCCCUCGGAAAACUGUCUAUGACCAAUUGAAUCACAUCCUGAUUUCAGAUGAGCAGUUACCAGAAAACAUAAUUCUUAUCAAUACAUCAGACUGGCAGGGUCAGUACGUAUCGGAGUUACUACAGAAACACAAUCUCCCCAUUGUGUGCACGUGUUCUUCGGCAGAUGUACAAGCAGCCUUCACAACCAUCGUCUCCAGGAUACAACGCUUCUGCAACUGUAACUCCCAAACACCAAGCCCCAUUAAAGUGACGGUGGCAGGGGCCCAGCAUUACCUAAGCGCUAUCCUGAGGCUCUUUGUGGAGCAGCUGUCACACAAGACUCCUGACUGGCUUGGCUACAUGAGGUUCCUCAUCAUUCCCCUUGGUUCUCACCCAGUGGCCAAAUACCUCAGCUCCAUAGAUUACAGGUACAACAAUUUUUUCCAGGAUGCAGCAUGGCAGGACUUUUUCACCAAAACAGAGGCCCCUUCCAUAGUGCAGGAAAUACCAGAUGUUGUCACCAGAGUUACCCAGUACAUCUCCAAUGCAAACAUCUCCCACCAAUUACCUAUAGCAGAAGCUAUGCUAACCUACAAACAGAAAAGCCCAGAUGAAGAUUCCUGUCAGAAGUUUAUUCCUUUUAUUGGAGUGGUGAAAGUUGGAAUUGUGGAACAGUCUUCAGCGACAUCAGGAGAUUCCGAUGAUGCUGCUACUUCAGGCCCUAGUGUCUUGUCUUCUACUCCUCCGACACUGUCUCCAGCAAUGAAAGAAGCUUCCCCAACACCACCUUCGUCCCCCUCUGUUGGAAGUGGACUGUACUCAAGUUCACAGAGCCUUGGCCACAGUGGAGAACUGAUGGGACUGCAGGUUGACUACUGGAUUGCGCAGCAGGUGACCGACAAGAAGAAAGAUCCGGAGAAGAAGGAUGCCACAGCAAAGAACACACUGAAGUGCACCUUCCGUUCCCUUCAGGUCAGCAGGCUGCCAAGCGGUGGAGAAAUUACAACCCUGCCGACAAUGUCUAUGACAGUAGUAACAAAGGAGAAGAACAAAAAGGUGAUGUUUUUGCCUAAGAAGGCAAAAGAUAAAGAGCUGGAAUCUAAGAGCCAAGUGAUUGAAGGCAUCAGCCGAUUAAUCUGUACUGCAAAGCAGCAACAGACUAUGCUGCGAGUAACAAUUGAUGGAGUGGAAUGGAAUGAUGUGAAAUUUUUCCAGCUUGCUGCUCAGUGGUCCUCUCAUGUGAAAUACUUCCCAAUUGGCAUCUUUGGCCAUUUGAAAUCCGCUUACUAAACCUUCCUAGCCAAGCAAGAAAUAUUUAACCUGUAGCUGGGCUAGGAGCCAGCAACUAGUCAGUGCCAAGAACCUAUUUCAAACUGGAGGUGCCUGCUUCUUGUGUGCAGUGUCAGAGCUUUGCAUUAUAUAUUUUUUAAACAAUGAUCUAAGGCAAAGAAUAAAAUACACAUCCUUAUGAGCCUUAUCAGAAGGUUAUUUGAGUACGGUGCAGCACUUUUGUUUUGCUGUGGGAAGGGGAGGGCGCCAUUUGGAUAUAAUUGUGGGUGAAACAUUUGCCCUGUUUCCUUAUGGCCAUUACUUCCUGUUUUUCAGCUCUUGAUAGAUAGAAGUGAAGUCUGCAUAUUGAAGUGUAAACCACAAUUUGGCCUUAUGUUAUCCAUGUGGGCCAAAAAAACUGACUGCAGUUAGAUAGUAUUAGAGCAAAUCAAUUUGUGGUCUAUAGGACUCUGGUGCACACCACCUAACACCCCCCACCCCCAAACCCACGCCCAGGAAAUGCAUUCUGAAUCUUUGAGAGUAAUUUUGUCAAAUGCUUACACGGCCAUUAUGGUCCUCCUCAUGCCUCCCCAACCCCCACAACUUCAAUAGUGGCUGCCUAUGGAGAGUGCCUGCAACAUGUGAUGUCUGAAGAUGGUUACUUUUUGGUUAUUUAAUAUGUACCUUUUUUUAAAGAGCCUUGGUUCAUAAGCCAGGCUAUUGGCUACCUUUCUGAGCAGGGCUUUGGCAUGAGGAUUGUGCUUGUUAUCAAGUCAGCCAAAUAAGGGACCUACCUUGGCUGUUCAGCCUGAAGGUAGCCUCAUUAAAAGCUUUCCUCAGCUUCGUAAGCUGGCAAAUGGGUUUGAUUUGCACUGUGGUGAUAAUAUAAAAAACAGCUCCUAUAUUGCUGUCACACCAUGUUUAAAUUAGGCUCUAAUGUGUUUUUUGAUGGUUUAUUCAUUGUUCAAAAAUUCACUUUAUAGAUGAAGUUAUGUCUUUGGUUGACUGGCAAGAAAUAAAAACAACUCACAAGAGCUGAGAUCUUUCCCACACUUUGACCCUCACAGCAAUUCUGUGCUUUGCUUUCACCGUGCUUGCAAGUGAUCCACAGCAAUUUGUCACAAAUAUCAAGCUUUGAACCUCAUUUUGUGAUAUAACUAGAGUUGUACAGAUUUCUAACUCCUAACUUUUAUUUUUUGAGUGGGCGGGUGGUGGGGAUGGGCCUGUUUUUUUUCCAAUUGUAACAUAGAUCUAUUCAGUAAAUCAUUCAGAUUCUCUGUUUGAUUUGAGUGUAUCUACCUAUCAGUGAAGAGGGAAAGGUGGCUGUUUUUCUUUGUGGUGUUGCUCAAAGUUUGCAGUGUACAUAAAGGUUUGUUAGCAUAGCUUUGAUAGUUAAAAAUAUAAUUUUUAUGCAUUUAACUAUGCCUCCUUAAAAAGAACGUUAUUUCUUGAAGGAGUGCGUACUGAUUUUUUUUUUGACACUAAUAACUUAUGUUGUACAGUUUUAUAUAGACUGGUGCAGUGAUGGUGCAAAAUCUGGCACUAUAAGCACCAAAGGGCAUUUGCUUUUAACAGAAUUAAUUUCUUUCCCCAUAACUUAUAUCAGCACAAGAGCUUUAAAAUAAUGUGACAUAGGUCAGAAUAUGUGGUUCAAAAUUAGGCUUGUAGUUUACUGGAAAAGAAACCAUGUUUGCAUUGAUUUCCUACAUGUUGCACAAUAUUAAUAGUCUUAUGAUGAAAUUUAACCUUGACUGUGUGUGCUUUUUGCUUUUGCAAAUACCUUGGACCUUUUUAUUUUAAUGUGCCAAAAUGUGUUUUUUAAGUUAUAAUUCUCGUUGGGAAUUAAUUGGAUCUCACCUGCCUUAAACAUGACAAAGUCAGGAGCUCUUGCUGCAGGGUCUAACAUGCCUGCAAACUAAUGCCUGAGAGUGCAUCAAAAUUCUUAGAUUUGCAGGUAAAAAGUGACUAGUAAUACUGCAAAUCUUUGUGUCUUGAAGCUUAAGUAAGUUGUAGAUAUGGAAAAUCUGGCAUCUAUCCUAAGUAUUUGGUGCUAGAACACUAAUCUCUGUAUUAGUUUCUCUGCGUUUGUGUAAACAGUACAUUCAUGUAGACCUAGCCUUACAUCUUAGCUGCUGAUUUACAUAACAUAAACUAUCAGCAUUCAGUUUUGAUUGCAUGACUGCUUCCUGUGAGGAGUUCAGAUCUCUGACCCGGUUUACUAUAAAUACCACUUUCACAAUUCGGUUCUUGGCAGUUGCCUAUUUCAAAGGUUAUUACCACUAGUCAAUGGGAGCGUGUGAGAUGUUUGACCAUUUCCAAAAGUCGAGUUUAAAGGGCUUGAGAAAAAGAAGAAUGUGUCUUAUUUAUGUCUAAGUCUUUAACCAGGUAGCUGCGUCAUUCCUGAUUUCAGUGCAUUAGAAGUUUUUACAAGGUUAUUCAGUCCAUUAGGAGUGAAAUUGGUCAUUGCAAGUUGAAUCUUUUCAGCCACCUGUCAUACAGUAUUGACCAGAUAUAUACUGGGCAGCCAAAUCAAUCCUGCCUGUUUUGCUUCAUGUCCUGUAUUUUCUUUCACUGCCUCAAUUUUCCACUAUGCUUCGAAGUGGGAAUAAAUUAAGCAACUAAGUAUUUUCCCUCAGGAUGGGAGGAUUCUUGUCCUGUAUUGUAUUUAAUCGGACAGGAGACCUCUACUUUGAUGUAUGGCCUGCACAGAGCUAUUCGAUCCUUAGUGAACCUAAAUUGGGGUAUUACAAUUAUCUGCAGCACGCCUAGUUUAGGAAAACCUACCAACAUUUCUACUCCUUGUCUCUCUCCAGUGUCUGUUUUCAGGAAAGUGUGUGUGUCGAGCGUGAACAGGUUGGCUUUGAUUGCAGUGCUAUGUGAAUAACUCACCAAGUCUAAGGGCAGGCUCUCAGCUAGGAAAUGGUCACCUGCACCCAGGAAGCAGAUACUACAGAACUCUACCCUAGAGAGGAUCAAUACCUUCAGAUUAAUGGGGUGAGGGAAGAAGGGAGGAUUUUUGUUUUAAAAAGACCCCAAGUUGUAACUCUCUGGAAGAGCUUCCACAUGGAAGUUGGAAGGAAGUAGGUAUUCCAGAAUGUUCUAAAUCAGUCUGGAUGCACUAAGAAAUCCAAUCAGUAAAACGCUCAAACUUUAAACAAAGAAAAUCUUUAUCAUUGAAACCACCAAUGGCUCCUGUUGAAAGGUGUUGUCCCUAUAGCAUAGGUCUUCAGGAUUUAAGGACAGAGUCUCUCCAUUGUUGGAGACGUGAGGAUUUAGGAUUCCCAUACCAACAGCUGUGCUAUGGAUCGUUCAACAAAUCCCACUGUUUUUCUAAUUUAUUUUCCAUGUUACUUAAUAUGAGCAAAGAAAUGAAAAUGCUUAUCCAAUACCGUAUCUGAAUUAACCUGAUGUACUAAAGACUGCUUUGUGACUGUGGAAAUGUACAUUUGUUUAUAAUGGUACUGCUCUAAUUCUACAUUGUUGGUAAAUGUCAAGCUGUGUUAUUCACAUACUGCUUCCAGGUCCUGAUGGUAUAUGCUGCUAUUUUCUUUAAGGGAGAAGAAAUAUUACCAGUCCCGAAAUCCUUGUUCCAUCUCCAGUGCUCAAUACAUAGUAUUUAAUAUUGAUUUUGUGAAAAAGUGUCUGAUGUGAAACUUCUCCACAGUCAGGCUCUAUAGAAAACCACUGUAGGUGAGGAUCUCUGCUGUUUGGUACUGUUGCGUUCACUGAGCUUAUCUGGGCUAUGGGGUCAGCAGUGCGUGUCCCUUAAGAAAGGUGUCAGGCUUGAAUAUGAUGUUUUCAAUGUUGGAUUGCUAAAAGAGAGGAAAUUGUUUUAUAAAAUGUCUUUGUGCUACUCUGUUCCUGAUUGAAUGCUGGAAUCCAAAGGACAUAAAUUGUAGGUACUAUAGACUAAAUAAUCAUGUAAUCUGACUUGAAACUGUGUUUAACUGCUGCAGAAACACAAUGUUAUCACUUGAGUGGAUACCAAACGUUUGGUUCUAGGACAUCCUGUGUGCAUUUUGCAUAUUUUUUUUGCAUUUCUUUUUGAGCUUUUGCUCAACUUAAGUGUAAGGACAAGCCACUUUCUCAAUAAUUGAUGAUCAUGUAAUGCACUAGUCGGGAUGUGACCCAAAAUCCAUUCCACUUUAGUAAUAUAUAGCUUGGUAUUCUGGAGGGGAUGUAGUUAUGUUGGCACUAUAGUGCUGAGUAACCUUGAAGGUGUUUGCAGUUUACGUAGAAAACAGGUUGCUGGUGUAACAUCAUAUGCACUGUAUCGAGACAUGCAGGUGUGUACCCAUUUGUUUUAAGGGUGAGGAAUUAACAGCUGCCUGACUCUUACAAAUGCACUGUUUGAAGCUUUUUACUGUCCAUUAGUGGUAAUCAUGAAUAUUUGCUUGAGAUUUUACACUGACACGUGCUAAACUGCGACCACUUGAUGGCGCUUUUUAAGUGGCCACAUUAUCAGCAGAUGUCAGUCUUUUCAAAGUCUUUGUGUUUUACUUGUUUUUUACAGUUUAACAUUUGCUUUUCACUUUCCCUUUUCUCAUUUUUCUCAUUUGUUCUUUUGCUGCUAUUCCUGUUUUCUUCUGCAAUUAUGUCACAUUUUUUUUUUCUGUUUUCAUUUUCUUUCUUGCUUUUAUUCUUCUUUGCACCUUUUUCACAUUGUUCUUUCUGCUGUUCCUCACUCCUGCUUUUCCCUACUGAUUUCACUGUGCUCCUGGUUUCAGUGUUAAUUGCCUGUCUCUCAUAAUGCAAUUUUUCUCUCUACUUGUUCACAUUUACCUGCUGUUUCCUUGUACCUUCUUUUUCCUCGCUGUUUCCUUUCUUUCCGUCCCUUUCCUUACUGGUCUAUGUCCAGAAUUGGGAGUCAACGGGGUUGAUGAAACCCCAUCCACAGCUCUUUGGUUUUCAGGCUGGUCUCCAAAAACAGGAGCCAGAAGGCUUGUAGCAUAUGUUUUAAAAAUGAUGGGCAGGACGCAAAGCUUUUGUGAUUCAUAUGUUCUUUGGUUUAGAGCUAUCAAUGCACGUACAUCUGGCAUCAAUGGCUUUGGUUAAUAGUUACAAGCCUAAACAUACGAGGGAAUUAAGACUUCUAAGCAUUGCCCAAGUUUUCAAUUAGCCAGUACCAAAUAAACAUCCAAUCUGUUAACAACAAAUACCAUAUCUGGCUUUCUUUUUAAAUCAGCACCUUGUUAUAAGAGUCCGUCACAGUCUGUGCUGCACUGUGAACCUUUGCCUGUGACCUGGAAACAGUAUGGAAGCACUGUGUGUGAAACUGCUGUAUGUAUGAGAAUGAUUUCGAACACAGACGCAUCUUUGUGAAAGUACACACUGUUUUGCUGUCCCGAAUAAAAGAAAGGAAAUGUUUUGUUUUUAAUUUUUUUAAUUAAACUUAUUUUGGAUUUUCACCCUUGGAGGCUUAUAAUAGAUUACAGUCUUUUGUGUUUUGCAAGCCCAUGUAGCACAAGUUUUUUUUUUUCUUUUUAUACUGGUGAAGACUUAUGAAGGAACAGACAUGUAAUACAUUGAGUACUACAAUUAAAUAAAAUAACCAUUAUCCAUAA